AUGACGGUGGUCGAGUAUAUGAACAAGUUUGAGGAGUUGUGCCGAUUCUCCGAAGUCUGUCAGGGAGCAUCAGAGGGCUACGAGGAUUGGAAGUGUAUCAAGUAUGAGGGUGGCCUCCAAAAUGACAUCAUGAGUACCGUAGUGCCAAUGGAGAUUAGGAGCUUUUUCCAGUUAGUCAAUAAGAGCCGAGUGGUGAAAGAGUGCUCGAGGAAGACUGCAAUAGCUAGAAAUGAUUGCCGGAAAUUCUGUAAGAAGGAUCAAGGCAAGAGUUUUGCACCUAGGGGCCAAGAGUUCAAAAGAAGUGGCCAUGCACCGCAAUACUCCCAAGGGCAUCUCUCCAGGAAUUGUCCACGUAGAGAGACUCAGGAUGCUGGUCGAUCUCAACAACAAGGUCAAAUCUUUGCCACGACGGUGAAUGAUGCCGCUAGAUCCGAGUCUCUAAUCCGAGGUAUUUGUAAAAUUGGUAACCAAACUUUAGUUGCUUUGUAUGAUACUGGAGCAUCGCAUUCAUUCAUAUCACAUGACAGAGUUGAUCAAUUAGGGCUCAAAUUGUCAGAAUUAGCUUGUGACUUGCAUGUGCAUACACCAGCUUCUAAUAUUGUGAUAACUAAACUAUGUGCUCAAUAA